UCCAACUGCGGUGUAAAAGCAAGUUCAUUUUCAUAUGAAAUGCUCGAAACCGGAUCGAUCCGAGGCAGAAUAACCGACCCGCUUUCUCCCAGAAGAAGAAGAAGCAGUUUAUCUGUGGAGAAGAAGCUUUGAAAAUUCUCAUUUUCCACAGUAGCUAUUCAGUAGAUCCAGGCUCCGCCGACCAAAAAAAGUAAAAUGCUGCGGUUAAGGGCGUUUCGCCCGACGAACGACAAGAUCGUGAAAAUCCAAUUGCACCCCACCCACCCGUGGCUCGUCACCGCCGAUGCAUCGGAUCACGUCUCCGUCUGGAAUUGGGAGCACCGCCAGGUGAUUUAUGAGUUGAAAGCUGGGGGUGUGGACCAGAGGCGUUUGGUUGGUGUUAAAUUGGAAAAGCUGGCCGAGGGUGAAACAGAGCCUAGAGGAAAACGUGCAGAAUCCAUAAGAGGUGGGAGUGUUAAACAAGUUAGCUUUUAUGACGAUGAUGUGCACUACUGGCAACAUUGGCGUAACCGCUCUGCUGCUGCGGAAGCUCCUACAGCUGUCAACAAUGUCACUUCAGCUUUCAAUUCCCCUGGUCCCUCAUCAACAAAAGGACGGCAUUUUCUUGUAAUAUGUUGUGAGAACAAGGCUAUUUUUCUAGAUUUGGUGACAAUGCGUGGCCGGGAUGUACCAAAGCAGGAUUUGGAUAACAAAUCUCUUCUAUGUAUGGAAUUCCUUUAUAGAUCGUCUGCUAGUGAUGGUCCUCUUGUGGCAUUUGGUGGAUCGGAUGGUGUGAUUAGAGUUCUUUCCAUGUUAACCUGGAAGCUUGCUCGUAGAUAUACAGGAGGUCAUAAGGGAUCAAUUUCUUGUUUGAUGACUUUUGUGGCUUCUUCUGGCGAGGCCCUUUUGGUUUCUGGUGGUAGCGAUGGCUUGCUUGUGCUAUGGAAUGCAGACUAUGGUCAAGAUUCAAGGGAACUUGUCCCGAAGCUAAGUUUAAAAGCACAUGAUGGUGGGGUUGUUGCUAUUGAGCUUUCUCGUGUUGCUGGUGCUUCACCACAACUCAUUACAAUUGGCGCAGAUAAGACUUUAGCUAUCUGGGACACAACGUCAUUUAAGGAGCUGCGUCGAAUAAAACCUGUUUCAAAGUUGGCUUGCCAUAGUGUGGCAUCUUGGUGCCACCCUAGAGCGCCAAAUCUGGACAUCUUGACUUGUGUUAAAGAUUCCCACAUAUGGGCAAUUGAGCAUCCUACUUAUUCAGCUUUGACGAGGCCAUUAUGUGAACUCUCGUCAUUAGUUCCUCCCCAGUUGCUUGCAUCUCACAAGAAGCUUAGGGUUUAUUCCAUGGUCGCACAUACUUUACAACCUCAUCUUGUUGCAACCGGGACCAACAUUGGUGUCCUUGUCUGUGAAUUUGAUGCCAAGGCACUCCCACCUAUUGUUCCAUUGCCAACACCACCAGGAAACCGGGAACAUGCUGCUGUCUAUGUAGUUGAAAGGGGAUUGAACCUGCUACAAUUUCAAUUAUCUAACACCACAAAUCCAGCUCUGGGAAGCAAUGGCUCCUUGAAUGAUGCUGGAAGAAUCAGGGGAGACACACCAGAACAGCUCCAUGUCAAGCAAAUUAAAAAGCGCAUCAACACUCCUGUUCCGCAUGAUUCGUACUCAGUUCUUUCUGUGAGCAGUUCAGGGAAGUACCUUGCGGCUGUGUGGCCUGAUAUUCCCUACUUCUCAAUUUAUAAGGUCAGCGACUGGUCGAUCGUUGAUUCAGGUAGUGCAAGGCUCUUAGCUUGGGACACUUGUAGAGACAGGUUUGCCUUGCUGGAGUCUGCAUUACCUCCUAGAAUGCCUAUAAUUCCUAAAGGCAGCUCAUCAAAAAAAGCAAAAGAAGCUGCAGCUGCUGCUGCACAAGUUGCUGCAGCGGCAGCCUCAGCGGCUUCAUCUGCCAGUGUUCAAGUUCGAAUAUUGCUCGACGAUGGAACAUCAAACAUAUUAAUGAGGUCAGUUGGAAAUCGCAGUGAACCAGUUAGUGGUUUGCAUGGAGGAGCACUACUUGGUGUUGCCUAUCGAACAUCUAGAAGGAUAAGCCCUGUUACUGCAACAGCUAUUUCAACAAUUCAGUCCAUGCCCUUGUCAGGAUUUAGUGGCAGUUCAGUUUCUUCUUUUAGCACCAUGGAUGAUGGAUAUUCUUCACAGAAGUCUUCUGCUGAAGCUGCACCUCAGAACUUCCAAUUAUAUAGCUGGGAAACCUUCCAACCAGUGGGUGGCCUUCUUCCUCAACCAGAAUGGACCGCAUGGGACCAAACUGUCGAGUAUUGUGCCUUUGCCUAUCAACAUUAUAUCGUCAUAUCCUCCUUACGCCCUCAGUUUCGGUACUUAGGAGAUGUGGCAAUUCCAUUUGCUACUGGGGGUGUUUGGCACCGAAGACAGUUGUUUGUCUCCACCCCAACAACGAUCGAGUGUGUCUUUGUCGAUGCUGGUAUUUCUCCUGUUGAUGUAGAAACAAAGAGAAGGAAAGAAGAGUUGCGGGUUCAAGAGUUAGAGUCAAGAGCUUCUGCAGAACAUGGAGAAUUAGCAUCAUUAACAGUUGAGAGUCAAAAAUCAGUCUCAAAAGAGAGGAUAGCAUUUAGACCCCCUAUGUUACAAGUUGUCAGGCUAGCUUCUUUCCAGCAUGCUCCUUCCAUACCACCUUUCUUGAUGUUGCCUAAACAAUCUAAAGUUGAGGACGAUUCACCUAUACCGAAAGAGUUCGAAGAAAGGAGAGUCAAUGAGGUUGCUGUUGGUGGUGGUGGUGUUGCGGUGGCUGUUACUCGAUUCCCAGCCGAACAAAAACGACCUGUUGGGCCUCUAGUUGUUGCAGGGGUAAGAGAUGGGGCCCUUUGGCUAAUCGAUAGGUACAUGUGCGCUCACGCAAUAUCACUUAGUCAUCCUGGUAUUCGCUGUCGAUGUCUUGCAGCCUAUGGAGAUGCUGUUAGUGCCGUAAAAUGGGCAAGUAGGCUUGGUAGAGAACACCAUGAUGAUUUAGCACAAUUUAUGCUUGGGAUGGGUUAUGCCACCGAAGCACUUCACUUGCCCGGUAUAUCCAAGAGAUUGGAAUUCGAUCUGGCAAUGCAGAGUAGUGAUCUGAAAAGAGCCCUUCAGUCCCUUUUGACAAUGAGCAACAGCAGGGAUAUAGGACAAGAAGCUUUGGGGUUGGACUUGAACGAUAUCAUGAAUUUGUCAUCGAAGAAGGAAGAUGUUGUGGAUGCCGUUCAAGGAGUAGCUAAAUUCGCCAAGGAGUUUCUUGACCUUAUUGAUGCUGCCGAUGCUACUGCACAAGCUGACAUUGCUCGUGAAGCUCUAAAGAGAUUAGCUGCUGCAGGUUCUGUCAAAGGAGCUCUACAAGACCAUGAGUUGAGAGGGCUUGCUUUGCGCCUAGGAAAUCAUGGGGAGUUGACACGGCUCAGUAAUUUGGUGACGAAUUUGGUAUCAGUUGGUUCGGGACAGGAAGCUGCUUUUGCAGCAGCACUUUUGGGGGACAACGUACUAAUGGAAAAGGCUUGGCAGGAUACAGGAAUGCUUGCAGAGGCUGUACUGCACGCUCACGCACACGGUCGACCUACACUAAGGAGCUUGGUUCAGGCAUGGAACAAAACACUACAAAAAGAGCUAGAGCACACACCAUCCACCAAAAUGGAUGCUGCAUCUGCAUUUUUGGCUUCCCUCGAGGAAUCCAAGCUUACGAGCCUCCAAGAUUCAGCAAAGAAGCCUCCAAUCGAAAUUCUGCCACCCGGGAUGGCAUCCUUAUACGGGCCCAAUCCAGGUCAAUCCGGUCUGAAAAAGCCCGUUCUGGCCCUGCAGAGUUCACAGCCGCCACCUGGCAAACAAUUGCUAAUUGAAGGGGCCCCCACUACAGCACCCGUGAAUUUACCCUCUACAUCAGAGGCAGGGCCCACUACAACAACACCUGUGAAUUUACUCUCUACAUCAGAGGCAGGGCCCACUACAGCAGCUCCGCCCUCGACCAAUGUGGAAAAUACAUCCACUACGUCAGAAGCAGAGGCUCAAAUAGGAGGUCCACCUACAGCAGAACCUGUUAUUGUAAAUUCAGAAGAACCAUCAAAAUCGGAGGCAGAUGCUUCUGUUCCUCCAGUAACCGCUGAGCCGAGCGGUCCCACUCUGCCGCAAUCGAAUGAUAAAGUUGUAGAAAAUCAGGAACAGCCUUCGCCAGUACUACCAAAUGUUCCGGAACCUUCUGUAACAAUAGGAAUUGCCCCUCCACCACCCACAAAUGGUACUAUUGCGGCAGUUGAUGCUCCCAAACAAUCAAUUAACAGAGGAAAAGAAGUCCGCCCUGAACUCUCCAUGAUUGACUUCACUUGAGAAGUACAUAAUUAAUUAUCUGCUGAAUAUUUUCUUACCAAGACUCGGAGUUUGGCUUUUUUGAAGAAACUUUGCAGAUACAUAUUUAUGAGCGUUCGGACUGAACAUUCUGCAUUGUCCUGUUGGCCUGAAUUAGGAGUAUUUUGAUAUCUGAUUCUUUUAUUUUCGGAGGUGCGGCGAUUGAUUUGACCGAUGUAAGUUGAGUGGCCUACGAAGCUCGAUUGCAGUCUUGUUCCUUUAGUUUCUCUACGUUUAUAUCAACUGGUGAUUUGUUUGUUGUACCAUGUUAUUCGUUAGUGUUGCUGUUAUGGAGCAUUGUUUUACUGAAAGGGGAUUCGGUUUGAAUACGAUUUUUAUUAUUGCGAGUGAGAAAUUGUUUUUGGGUUUGGAGU